AUGGCUUUCGAUGGGGUCCAAAGCACGCUGUACCCCAACAUGGUCCAAAGCACGCUGUCCCCCAACGCAACAUGCACCUCAGAACAUCGUAUUGUGUACAACAAAGCCCUCCUGGUCAUCUACUGUGUGGUUCUGCUCACCGGGACCAUCAGCCUCAGCUUGAUGAUCCACAUCAUGAAGUCCGCCUCGACUUCCAUCACCUCCAUUGCCGUUCUCAACCUCAUCUUCACCCACUUUGUCUUCCUUCUUACUGUGCCUUUCAGGAUUCACUAUUACGCCACUAAUGAAUGGGGCUUUGGCACCAGUUGGUGUAAAGUGGUCAGCGGCAUGAUUCACAUCCACAUGUACAUGUCCUUUAUCUUCUACGUCAUCAUCCUCAUCACACGGCUGCGGGCAUUUUACCACAAAGCGCAGCGGGAGGCCUCCUUCCAGAGGAUUCAUGCGCUCGCUGUCAGCGCUGCGGUGUGGAUGGUGGUGCUUGUCAUGGUGCCCUGCAUAAUUUUUUUUUCUUAUGGCACAAAAACUACAAGCCGGCACCGGAAUUCGACAGAGUGCUUCCAGUUUGGAUCCGACAUUGACAGCAUUGCCAGGGUGGUCAAUUACAUCAUAAGCAUAUUCUUUAUGGUGGUGACCACGGUGCUCGCAGCCCUCCAAGCCAAUGCACUGCGCGUCUUGUACGGGAAGCACCGGCAGGGCUGCACGGAUCAGCAGGACUUCGGGGCGCAGCUGAAGAGUCUGUGCUUUGCUCUCAUCAUGGUGGUCUGCUUCAUUCCCUACCACAUGUUCCGUCUGCACUACUUAUCCGACCUGUGUUUGCAAAAUGUCAAUGAGGUGCUUCUGAGUCUGACCACUUUUAACUGUUUGGACAUGCUCACCUUCUUGGGGAGGAGAACCUGGUACAUGUGCUUACCGGGAAAGGCUAUUUGA